AUGUGGGAAAGACAGAAGCAUCAGCCACGGCGUAAAAAGCAGACGUUUGCUUCGUCUCUUCUCGACGCCAUUUAUCAUUCCAUCGAUGAUUCUGUAGGCCUAAAGGAACAAGAAGUGGGAGAUUUUGUGAUUCAUGAAAGAAACAAUGUUGCAGAAGUCGAAGAACGAAUCGAGAGCAUUAGACGAGCAAUCAUGAUAGAAAAAUGGAUUGAAAACUACAGAAGCAUCACUCCAAGGCACUUUGCUUCAAAUUCAGGCUCAUCAACAGACUCGAGCAUGUUUUCACCCUCUGAAACCGAGUCAUCGUCACUUUUUACAGGGCAGAAACUGAAUCAACGUCGGGAUCUCAUUCCUGAAAGGCUGUGCAAAAUUGCACCAUUGGAGACGGAUCGGAAAGGAGGAUUCAUUAGAACAAAAUCCAAGAUUUUUCGAGAGUCGAAGAAGGUGAAAGAGCCCUAUUCACCAGGUGCUAAAAUUGCCAACUUCUUGAAUUCCAUUUUCAGCCCAAGAAACCUGAAGAAAAAUCAGGGCAUGGAGGAAUCGAAUUCAGUGAGAAAAUCUAAAUCAAUGAAGGACACAACAACAUGCUCAUUGGCUUCAAGAUCUUGCUUAAGCAGAACAAUGUCUUUGAGAGCCAAUAAAUCAAAGAAGUCUGUCCAAAUUUCCUCUGUCAGCAAUUGUAAUGCAGAAGAUAGUGUCGGCAGCAGCUUCAUCAAGAAAAACAUCGAUAGUUUUCGAGAUUUCGAAGGGAAGAAUCUUCGAAAACAUGAAAUUAGGGAGGUAUAUGAAGAUGAUAAUGAUGUGGAUGAUAAGAGUUGUGCAAGUUCUGAUCUUUUUGAGCUUGAGAAUAUUGGCAGGGUUGGAAUUAGAUCAUAUGAAGAAGAUUUGCCAGUGUAUGGAACUACAAGUCUUAGAAUGAACAAGGCCAUUGCUAGUGGAUUGGUCGUGUAG